AUGACUCGAGAGUCGGGCUUGACUGCCAGCUCGAUUCCCGAGUCGGAUCUCGAGCCCGGCUUCGCGGUCAUCGACGGCGAUCUCCCCGGGGCCGGGAACGGACACAACGACACGUACGUCGACAUCAUCGCCGUUCCAUGUCCCGGUGCGGAUCCUGUCAAGACCUGGACCUCGGCGCCUCUUCCCGACCACUACUUUGGUCUCGAGCCCCAGAACGAGCUGCAGAGGCUCCCUACCGUGGCGAAACUGGCCGGCAAUGUCAUCCUCAGCCCCGUCAUCGACCGCAAUCUCCCUCGGGCUGGCCACGUCUGGGUCAGGCAAGACAUCCGCAGCAAAGUCAACACGGCGAGGGUCUUGCUGUACAGGCACCGGGCCUUGGCUGAUGAAAUGCGGCUGGAGGACCUAGCCAGAGACCUGCUAGACAAGGUGAAGCAAGUUCGCCAGGGAAACCAUUCGCCACGGCCCCUGUUCUUUAUUGGCCACAGCAUUGGCGGCUUGGUAGUAAAGCUUGCUCUACUUCUGGCAAGCAAGACGCCCCUAUUCGGCCAGAUAACGUCCAGCUGCCAUGGCGUGAGCUUUUUCGGAACUCCGCACCGCGGCUCAAGUUACAUGUCGAUGAAGAGUCUCAAGAGGAGUAUCCGGCAGUUGCUUCACCUGCAACGGCCUCUCCCUAGGUCUCUGGCCGACGAGUUGAGUCUCAACCAUCCGGGACUUUCGAGACUCCAUGAGCAAUUUGUCGACAUUGCAAGCGAGUUCCGUCUUUGGUCGCUUUACGAGACCCAAGACUCGCAACUCUCUGGCACAGGUGCUGGGCUCGUCAGCGAGGUCCAGUUUGAGGCCCCGUUGGUGUCGAUAAAAUCUGCCUUGCUUGACAUAUGGCAGGAAGACAUAUUCUCGGUCGACAGCAACCACGCUCAUCUUGCUUCCUUUGGGCCCGACAACAUCAACACCAUGACAACGUACCUCGCAGAUCUAACGGCCGCAAUCGCCAAGGCACAAGACCUCAGCACCAAGUAUGCUCACACUCCACUGCACCUGGAGAACCACGUCCAUGUCGAAGUCAUCGGUUUCUAUCCAGACACAGCUGGGGACGUGGACUCGGCAACGACUCGCUUGUAUUCCAGCAAGAAUUCUCUGACUGAGUUUCUCGAAAAAGGUCCCGAAGCCUGCUUAGGGGAGAGGAUGCACAAGAUUCCUAGGCGACACGACAGCCACCAGUACCAUGGGCACGACAUGCUGGAAAACCUCGGCAGAAGAGCACAAGAAUCCAGCGGCGUCUCUGGCCUUGGGGUUGACGAGCAGAGUCCUAGUGGUAGCACAGCCAACCCAUUAUCUUCUAAAGCCAUGACGGCGUCACCAGGCAUCGUCGUUACGGAUACACCGGCUCGGCCACCUAUACAGCCCCUUUCGGACAGUGGCACCCUAUCAGAAGGUCUGGCAGGACACAGCUUGAGCGUUCCAAACAUGCCAACACGGCCUCCUAGCAUCGACAGCCGCGCAAGUGUCAGCACAGCGUCGGAGCCAGCAAUCCAGCUCAGUGCCCUUGACUCUGCCACUUUCCCCGCCGAACAAUCGAUACAUUUUGAUGCCCUGUCUAGACAGCGGGCAGGGCUGCUGAUGAAGGCGUCGGCCAUGCAAGACGAGCUCGUAGCUGGCUUCUCUCGACCCGACCCCGCGCUGAGGAAAUUCAUUUGGAUCCAUCUACCCUUCAACAAUCCAGUAUGGGUCAAGACCUUGUUUGAAAAGCUUCGCGACACGGUCGCGGGCAACUAUUCAGUUCUCUUCGAGUACGACCACUGGGAGGCCAAAACCAUCCAGAACCGGCAUUCCGAGUCGCAGCCGGCCUUUAUGAAACCCAUUUGCAACUAUCUGCCGCCCGAGUCGAUACUGUCGCCCCGGAUCCCAUCUCCGUUCAACCCACUGGCGAGUUCUAGUCCCAGGCCGAGCUAUCUCUACCUCUACUUCCCGUACCUGCACUUCGACACGUACUCGAGCGUCAUCCGGCGCCGCAGCCUGAUCCAGCGGCGCCGGGACCACGGCCGGGCGAACCCGGUCCCCGAGGACGUGUCGAAGCGGUCGCUGGAGUCACAGGUUAUCUGGGAGUACGUCGGCUUCGACCCGCCGCUCAACCCGCGACGCACGCUGGACCAGUUUGGCCACCACUCGCUCCAGGACACGCACAGCCGCGACGACGACCAGAUGCUCUACAAGCUCACCAAGAAGCUCGGGAGGAAGCCGCUGGCAGGGACGACUAACCGGGCUCGCCGCGAUGCCGCUCGCCGCGACGCCGGUCGGUCGCUGCGUGUGAGCUCGUCUUCUUUGAAGCGGGAGCACAGUUCUGGCCGGGACAGCCCCGCAGACCCGGAAAAGGAUGUAGAGCUUGAGAUGGAGGCCGACUUGAAGCCUGGCAAUCUGCUCAUGGUCGACCAGCUCUGGCUUUGGGCCAUAGACACCACCACACUGACAACCUACUUCCCCAAGCGAGAGUCGAAUGCGAGAGAGGGGCGGCUGUUCCAGCAGGCAGAUCUGCGGAACAGCGUCUACAACGAGCUAAACGGCGAUCUUACGGGGAGAACCGACAACGCGCUAGACCUCGCCGCGCUGAUUGUCUUCCACGCGGUCAUUGUGUUUCUCGAACGGUCCACGCACCCAGACCUCGAGAUGUUCCGCAUCUUUGAAGAAGCAAUCGGGAUGCUGUCCGAGCGGAUGACGUUGAACAUGAAGCAAUUCCGCACGCAGACUCUCAACCCAGACUUGGACGACGACUCGAGCAACGCGGGCGACUGCGACUCGGCUUCGGACACGGACUCGGACUCGGACCUGGACCCCGACGUAAACAGCGCAGCCUCGAUCAAGAGGCGGCACCAGAGGGAGAUGAAAAGGGCAGAGGACGAGAACAGGGAGAACACGUCUGCCCUCCUCGAGCUGCGCGACAUGGAGGACGAGCUUUCGAUCCUCAACAAGCUGUUUGACACCCAAGACUCGGUGAUCAAGUCCAUGAAGACCACGUUUACGGAGCGGGAGGAGCUGCGGAACAUCACGACAAACGGCCAGGCAUACCUGGACGAGGCUGUCGAGUACCUGGACGAGUUCAAGGAGAAGACCAACGAGAUGCUGAAGAGGAUAGAGACCACGAGGAGGGAUUACGAGAAAAUGCUUGAAAUGGCCCAGCGGCAGGCACAGGUGGACGAAGUGCGCUGGUCUCGGCUGCAGGCGGAGCUGGCGUCGAGCCAGAACCUCUCGGUGAUGAUCUUCACGACCUUCACCGUCAUCUUCCUGCCGCUGACCUUCUUCACGGGGCUGUUCGGGAUGAACACGUCGGAGUGGCAGGAGGAGGGCAACCUGCCGAGUCUGAGCGACAUUGGGGCCAUCUCGCUGCCGACGUCGGUGUUCCUGAUCCUGGCGUCGCUGGCGGCGGCCUUCAGCUGGCGCGUGCAGCGCAUGUUCAAGCUCACGUACAGGUUCGCCAAGCGCGCGUGGAAGGGCUACCUGCGCUACGUCAGCAAGGUCGAGCCCGCGUGGCGCAAGCAGAGCAAGAAGCGCCGCAAGCUCGAGAAGCGCAGGCGACUCAAGGAGACCCAGGAGCUGGGCGAGAACGACCGCGCCUACGACUUUUGGGCCACCAUCCGCAACCAUCCGCGGAACGCAAAGUACCACAUCCCGCACCGCAAUAGGAACGGGCUCUGA